CACCGGAGGCAGCCCAGCCCUCGCCUCGCCUCGAACACAUCGCCAUCGGAGCAGCCGACAAACCGCAGCCGGCGCUCGAUCCGUCCGUCCGUCCGUCGACAUGGGCCUCAAGGAGGAGUUUGAGGAGUACGCCGAGAAGGCCAAGACACUGCCCGACACCACCACCAACGAGAGCAAGCUCUGCCUCUACAGCCUCUACAAGCAGGCCACCGUCGGCCCUGUCAACACCGACCGCCCUGGCCUUUUCGACCUGGCGGGCAAGGCCAAGUGGGAUGCCUGGAAGUCCGUCGAAGCCAAAUCCAAGGAGGAGGCAAUGGCUGACUACAUCACCAAGGUGAAGCAGCUGCUGGAGGAGGCUGCCGCCGCGUCCGCUUCAUCCUAGGCCACAAGACCACAAUCGCUAUUAUUGUCCUGGUGGUGCAGACAUAUGUGCCAAUAAACACAAAUAAAUUCGAAGUACUAGUUGUUGUCAAGCUUAUCAUCGUUGUCGUGGAUGUGUAAUUACGUUGAACAAGCCCUGUGAUACAUGAAAGUGCAAUCUCAGUUUACGCCAUGAUUGAUUAAUACAUGCCUUCUGUUGUUAA